AUGUCCGGACCCUUCCACUGGUGUCACAUCGCGCUCACACCUCAGCAAAAGAGUCGUGCUCAACUAAAAAGGAACGCCUUCAUGCAACCGAUAAAUUUUUUGAACGUAUCCGGACUGCUGAUAUCCGAAUUAACAACACUCGCUUUAUACUGGAACACAAACGAUGCUACGCGCUUCCACACGAGUACUACGGACAUACCGUACGGUUGUAUAAAAAGCGGCCAACGUCACCAACUACCGACGUCGCCGGCAAUUAUGAGCGACAAGCCGACAAGCAAAAAGACGAUCGUUCCACGUCAAGCCAAAACAACUUGA